CAGUGUUGAAGAAGCUGGCAAUUGGACCAAUGGGCACAUGCAUGCUGUCGAAGACUCCUCCCUUAUCGGAAAUGGGGCCUUGAUUCCGGAACAUAUUUAUGCUCGACGUAGAUCGUAUCAGAGGAAACAGACCUUCAAUUUGUAGACACUCACUUGGAUCUUCUUGAGCCGUGUUACGAGAUGGCAAUGGUGUUAAGAGUUUUUCGUAGAAAGGUUCCUCCAAAAGAUAGCCAACUUUGCGGAGGGAGAGAUAUGCAAAGUGCUAUGCGUGAGGGCGGAGGUCGAAAUGCUCGAGAGAAGGUUGACGAGGAUCAAAGGCUUUCUUCGCACUGCAGAGCAAAGGAGGCAUGUAGAUCCAGCAAUGGACACCAGGGUGAGGGAGUUGAAGGAUGUAAAGAACGACGCCGAUGAUAUCAUCGAUCUUUGCGUCAUCGAAGGUGGCAGCUUGCUGAAGAGCCGGGCAUCGACGACUUUUGCGUGUCAAAGAAGCAGGAAAUCGGACCAAUAGGUGCAUACAUGCUGUGGAAGACUUCUCUUACGGAAAUGGGGCCCUGAUUCUGAUCUUAUCUCUAUAAAUGAGGAAUCAGAUCUUCACUUUGGAGAAACUGCCUUAGAUCUUCUUGAGCUGUGUUACGAGAUGGCAAUGGUGUUAGAGUUUUUCGUAGAAAGGUUCCUCGAAAAGAUAACCAACUUCGCGGAGGGAGAGAUAUGCAAAGUGCUAUACGUGGGGGCGGAGGUCAAAACUCUGGAGAGAAGGUUGACGAGGAUCAAAGGCUUUCUUCGCACUGCAGAGCAAAGGAGGCAUGUAGAUCCGGACAUGGACACCUGGGUGAGGGAGUUGAAGGAUGUCAUGUACGAUGCUGAGGAUAUCAUCGAUCUUUGCAUCUUCGAAGGUGGCAGCUUGCUGAAGAGUCGGACACCGACGGCUUUUGCGGUAUGCAAUCCUUCCAGCUCGCGAAGUUGUUCUUUCUUUAGACCUAUCAAACACCGCCAUGAAAUCAGUGGUAGAAUAAAAAGACUUAAUGAUAGACUGAAAGAGAUCACGGGAGAUAGAUCUAUAAUACCUGUUGUAGAGAACGUCGAAAAAGGCCUCCCACCUCCCCCAGCAAGUUAUCCUAAGACAUCUUCCAUAGAGGUUAAGGCAGACAUCAUAGGAACCCAAAUCGAAGGCGCUGCCCAAAAUCUGAUCAACAAAAUACUAGAGGUCAGUGAGAAUCGAAAGUGUGUUGUUUUUGGGAUUGUCGGGAUGGGUGGGAUUGGGAAGACCACUCUAGCGCGUAAAGUAUUCAAUGAUGAAAGGAUCAUACAAAACUAUCCGAUUCGAGUGUGGUUGUGUGUAACGAAGAACUAUUCAGAGACUGAUUUGCUCAAAGAAAUGAUUAGAAGCGUCGGAGGAAGUGUUGAAGGAGCUGAGAGUAGAGCGGAGCUUGAACCUAAACUUGUUUCCCUCCUAUCGAAAAAUUUGCUUCUGGUAUUAGAUGAUGUAUGGAGUCCAGAGGUAUGGGAAGAUUUACUCAAGAACCCUUUGAUGCAUGAGGCAGCCAGUAAUUGUAGGAUCGUAGUCACCACUAGAGACGAAAACGUGGCAAGAAAUUUGGGAGACAAUGUUCAUCAUGUUGAGAAAAUGGAUGAAGAGUGUGGCUGGGAAUUGCUGUGGAAGACGGUUUGGGAUAAUAGAGAGAAGGGCGAUAGUUCUAUAUUCAAAGAAAUUGGAACUAAAAUGGUUCAAAAAUGUGAUGGACUUCCUCUCGCAAUCAAGGUUCUUGCGGGGGUUUUAAGAUCCAAGAAAAGUACGAUGGAGUGGGAGUGGGUUCUCAGAAGUGAUCUAUGGAAGAUGAAGAAGCUCGAUGAGAAUGUACUGGGGGUUUUGUUCUUGAGUUAUGAAGAUUUACCUUCUCAUCUUAAGCAGUGCUUUCUGCAUUGCUCUUUGUUUCCCGACAAGGCUGAUAUGUACCGUAAGGAUCUUAUCCGGCUUUGGGUGGCUGAAGGUUUCACAGAGGAGAACGGAGAACUAUCGAUGGAAGAGAUUGCCGAGGGUUAUUACGAGGACUUGAUCUGGCGAAACCUACUGCAGGUGGAUCCUACCUUUGUAGACGGCAGCAGAUGCACCAUGCAUGAUCUUUUGAGAUCGCUUGCUCAGUCCUUGAUCCAAGGAGAGGGUGUCUAUGCCAGUGAUCUCCAAUCAUUGAAUUCGGACCCAUUAACUAAGCUUCGUCGAUUGUCAACAUCAAACAUAGGGGAGAGGAUACAGCUCCCCGACAGAAUCGUUGAAGAGAAGUGUUUAAGAUCUUUGCUCAUCUUUGAUAGCCCUCGUGCCCGUACAAUUGGAGAUGAUCUGUUUAAAAUGCUAAGGAAGCUGAGAGUCCUGCUUCUGAACGACACAUCCAUCGAGAGUCUUCCCGAGUCCAUCGGAGAACUAUCACAUCUUAGGCACUUGGAUCUUGAUCGAACAAAGAUACGGGGGAUCCCCGAGUCUGUGGGGGGCCUUGGGAAUCUGCAAACUUUGAGCGUCUCGGGCUGCAAAUCCAUGAGGAAACUUCCGAAGACCAUCACGAAGCUGUACAAUCUACAAUGUCUUCGACUGCAGGACACUCCAUUAACAUCCUUGCCAAAGGGAAUGGGGUCACUGAUAAAUCUCAGCGAGCUUGACGCGUUCAUCGUCAGCAAUGAUGGUGACUUGAAGGAGCUGCAACCUUUGUCCAAGCUGAGGUCUCUGAGCGUAUACAGGUUGGAUAGGGCAACAACAACAGGAGAAUCCGUACUUGCCAACAAAUCUUUUCUCAGGCAAUUGCAUCUAUUCUGCAUGAGUCAAGAUCGAGCGCAACGUACCGCGGAGCAAACCCAAAGAGCUCGGAAGAUAUGCCACGGACUCUGUCCCCCACCGAGCCUGCAGUAUCUUUCUAUCAAAUUCUUUCCCGGUAAUUGUUUUCCGAGAUGGAUGAUGUUGUCUUCCCUCGACACUGCUUUCCCCCGGCUGUCAUACUUGAGCAUUCAUGAUCUUCCAUCGUGCUGCGAGCUUCCUCCACUAGGCCUGCUUCCAGAGCUAAAGUUCCUAUCCAUUAAUGGGGCAAAUGCAAUCAUAACCAUCGGUGCUGAAUUCCUCGGCGAUCGCCAGAGUUUACAGGGAUUUCGGGCAUUUCCCAUGCUUGAGGUAAUGCAAUUCAUAAACAUGCCCAACUGGACAAAAUGGUUGACAUCAGCGACAUCAGUGCAAGAGAAAACCUCGCUUGCACGGAUUGGAAGGCGUCUGCCCCGUUCAGCGACUAUCCGCCGAGCAAUACCAGAUUCAAGUCCAGAUCCGAGGCAGCCACGAUCUGAGCUAGAUCUGGUCGGGAGUCGAGACAUUCAUUUUACCAACUCCGACCUGUCACGUCAUCAAAAUCCUGUCAGCCUUCCGACAAGCGAGUCCCCCGCUGAUGAUAGCAGACGCAGCAGCCAUCGUAAGCUGCUCCCUAAUCUGAAGGAGCUCUGGCUCGUCGACUGUCCCAAGCUGGGAGCUCUUCCGGGAGGCCUUUGCCCGACCAACUUGAAAUUACUCUACAAGGAGCGCACUCACAGCAUCGUAGAAAUCAAGAACCUCGACUUUUUGACUGACAACCUCUCUCUCAAGCAUAACCACAGCUUGCGGCGUAUAUCAAAUCUCCCCUCGCUGAAGCAUCUGCAAGUGGAUGACUGCCCGAGCUUGGAGUACGUGGGAGAUCUGGCUGGCCUGCAACACCUGGAAUUGUCUUGUCCACCACCAGCGGAGUGCCUGCCGCCAUGGCUGUCGGAUCUCGUGGAGCAGCAGCAAAGUUUCAGAAAGCUUGAGCUGCAGUGCAGCUUGCCAUUGUUGAAGAGGUGUCUCGUGGGCGAGGUCAACUGGGAGAUCAUCCGCCAAAUACCGGAGGUCAGGAUUCGGGCCAUCGAUGCCAACGAGUUCAUUUGGUAUAACAAGGAUCCAUACAUGUACGACACCAACGUAGGUUCAGCAUGAGCAGAGUCGCCGUCUCUGUAAGUCGUGUUCUUCUUCUCAUUCCGGUUGCCUUGCGUGCUUUUUUUGGUUCACACGGACGCCAACUUCUUCUUUCUUCCAGGAUUACUCGGCAGUCUUGUGCUUGGUCUAUCAGACAAAUUAGUCGUCGUCGUCGUCUGUGUAUGGUGUGUCAUACGCUUUCCUCUGUUCCGAAUGGCUUGUUUGCAUUUAAUUUUUGCUUCACAUGUAUGGUCUCAACUUUUCUUUUGCAGGAUCGAUCAGAAGUCUCUUUAAUUGUACAGUUCACUUCCCUUACCAUUUGUGCUUGAAGCUAUUUGGCAGUUUGAAAGCGAUGUGCUUUUUCUUCUUUUUCCUUUUAACUUAAAUGUGUGCUUGGACCAUAAUA